UAAUAAAACUUUUGGUUCUCUCACAAUUACUAUGCCUUUUCAAUCAGUUUUCAGGUUUUCAUAGAUCAAAAUUGUAAAAUGUGGCGUCUUAAAAAAUGUUGCUGUUGCAUUAAAUUGCGCAAGGCCUGCUAUUUAAUCGCCGUGCUGGACUUUGUUGUCAACGCGCUGGUGCUCAACAUGGCCGGUCAGGAGUUUAUCGCACACAUCGAGCAGGCGGUGGCCAUUUGUCACUGCAUUGGGUGCAUUUUCCUGCUGGGCGGAGCACUACUCAGAUCGACCGUUCUUCUGAUGUUCUUCCUCAUCACCAGCCUGACCAACUGCAUCAUAAUGACUGUGUACUGCAUCUACCUUCUGAUAUACGAACAGAUAUACCGGGAGAUAAUUGUUCCAGGCUCGGCCAUUUAUAUUUGCUGUGAUAUCUACUUCUGGAUCGUCGUCUAUUCGUUUUAUGUUGAAGUGAGAAAUCCUGAUGAUGGAUUGGAAGUAUGAUUACUCACCUAAAAAUAGAUAAAUUGUUAUAUUUGUGAGGUCUUCAAUGGGCUUUAUUCCAAGAACAGAUCUAAAGUCCAGGCUUUCCAGGCUGUGAUAUCUACUUCUGGAUCGUGGUCUACUCGUUUUAUGUUGAAGUGAGAAAUCCUGAUGAUGGGUUGGAAGUAUGAGUACUCACCUAAAAAUAGAUAAAUUGUCCUCGAGUCUGUAUUAAGGUAUCCCUUUUAUCAAAGGGUUCUUAUCCCCAAUAGUAUUUGAGGUAAUUGUAAAACUUCUAAAGCUUGUAUUCGGUAAACUUAAAUGCAAUUGUGCCUUCCUUUGGUAAAGCGGAUUUCCCAUCAGACACGUUCUCAUAUAAGUUAAAUCAAAAGUUUUUCUUUUAUCAUUUAUUAUCCCAAAUGCUUGAUUAAAUUCUUUUGUUUUAACUACA